GUCGAAUUUCCCGACAGUCAGUUGUGGUUCACCCGACACUUCGAAUAGCCCCCUCCUUGGAGAGCCUCAUACUCUACGCUCCUGAUCUUUCACUCUUUGGAACCAUGUCUGCGCCCAACGCCCCUUCCUCGUCUUCCGUUCCGGAAUCCGUGUCUGAAGCCAACACUGCCACUCUCACCUCUGCCCUUGCCGCUGCAUCUAUCUCCUCAUCCCCUGAUACAUCCGAGCCGAAAGAACUAGACAAGAAGGAGAACGUAGAGCUUGAAGAGGGAGAAAUAAGAGAGGAUGACGAGGAAGAUGCCGAGGAGGAGGAAGAUGAUGGCAAAGUCAAAACCGUCUUUGAUAGUAAAGACAAGUUCAACGUCAAACACCCUCUCUACGCCUCUUGGACAUUAUUCUUUGAUUCACCUCAGUCCAAGCUCUUGCCAAAAACGCCGUCCUCUACACCCGCGACCCCUGCCGGAGCCCAUGGCGGAUGGAUGGACGAUAUCCGACGAGUAGUCACAUUUGACUCGGUGGAAGAGUUCUGGGGACUGUACAAUAACAUUGUUCCCCCAAGUCAAUUGCCUGGGAAAGCAAACUACUAUCUGUUCAAGGACGGUAUCGUUCCCGCCUGGGAAGACCCACAGAACAAGAAUGGAGGAAAGUGGAGUAUUCAGGUCCCUAAGGAGAAGAGUAAAUCUCAAAUCGACACCAUGUGGUUGUACACUAUGCUCGCGGCUAUCGGGGAGACCUUUGAGACUCCUGUCAACGGAUCCACGGAAGCUCCUCCACCAGUCAACGAACAGUCUGAUAUCGUCACUGGUGUGAUUUGCUCCUCUCGACCAAACUUCUACCGAAUCUCCAUUUGGACACGUUCUGCCCCCGAGACUUCCCUUCCUCCCACUGAUCCGUUAAUGGCUCGUAUGAUUGCUAUUGGGAAACACUUCAAGUCAUCUGUCUUGGGGUACGAGCCCGAUGCCAAGCUGGCAGUGAGCAGUUUGUCGACCGAGAUCUUCUUCGAAAGUCAUGUGGACAGUGAGAAGAAGGGUAACAAGAAGAGGAUCGUGGCGUAAAGAGGAGAUGAGAUGCGGAGACCAUAAGCCAACAAACACAGCUUGUGCGCGAGAAGGGAAAAAAGAAUUGAUCAGCAGAUAAGAGGUCGUCGGACCACUGGGGAUGGAUCCGGCGGCACUCAUUCGGCCGCCACUCCGUCUAGCCUCUAUCUUCCUUACCUGUCGUAUUCGUGACACUGCCAGUACCAUAAAAUUUCACUUGUACUUCUUUCGUGAUGCAUAGCACUCUUGAUAUGCCUUGGCUCGUAGUCCAUCAUGUUC